AUGUUUGUAGCAGGAGCAGGUUGUUCUUCACAGAAACGAAGCAUUUACUUACUGGUAGUUCGCCAACAAAAAUCUCUCUGCCCAGAUUUUUUAACUACUCAACCGGCUCCUCAUACAGAAUCAGUAUAUCUUGGCGCAGGGGAG